AUGAGCAGCAAGAGCCGUAAGCUGAGCCACAACAAUAAUAAUAACUCGUCGUCCUCUUCCUCGAAUACGACCUCACAAGUGAUAACAGGAGGCGGAGGGGGAGGAGGAGGAGCGUCUAGUGGACUUGGUUUGACAACUCCAACGGGCGGAGCCCCUCAGCGUGGAGGUUCGUUAUCAUUGAGUGUUGAACAAACGAGGAGCCGCCCGUUUUCAAGAAGCAGCUUCAUGUUAAGAUACAAAGGGGAUAAGUCUGGAAAGAAUCACAAUGUCAUCGAUGCCAUCAGAUACACUUCAUGGAUCACUUAA